CAGAGGAAGCGGAAGUAGCCGGGAGCCGCGGCGGAAGCAGGCAGCGGCGGUGCCGGACGACGCCUGGCGCCGUGAGGGUUGCGCGGCCAUGGCGGAGAAGUUCGACCACCUGGAGGAGCACCUGGAGAAGUUCGUGGAAAACAUCCGGCAGCUCGGCAUCAUCGUCAGCGACUUCCAGCCCAGCAGCCAGGCCGGGCUCAACCAGAAGCUGAAUUUUAUUGUUACAGGUUUACAGGAUAUUGAUAAGUGCAGACAGCAACUUCAUGAUAUCACUGUGCCUUUAGAAGUUUUUGAGUAUAUAGAUCAAGGCCGAAACCCCCAGCUGUACACCAAGGAGUGCCUGGAGAGGGCCCUCGCCAAAAAUGAGCAAGUUAAAGGCAAGAUUGACACAAUGAAGGAAAUCUGACUCAGCACUGCUGCACAUUUUCAACAGCAUCCCCGUUACAUCUUGGAACUCGUGUGCACGGCUCCCGCUCUGCAGGGUCAGUCACACCUGCACUGUGGUGUGAGAAGGUGUGGUGUCCAGCGUGGCAGUCUGGAGUGGCAUCAAGUCCAGACUGACCCAUGUGGGGCUCUUUCGCCCACAUCUACAACUGUGUUUCCUGUGGUGAUAGACUCACUGUGUGGUUUCCAUGGGGUCAAGCACUUCUGAAGAUCAAAGGAGGCCGGCAGCAUGUGUUCCUGAGUCAGGCCCUUUUCUGGCCCCUCUGCUGCCCGCCGGCCGGCCCACCUCCUCUGGAGCUCGGCCGUGGGUAAACCCCAACCCUGUCAGAAACCAAAGAGACUUCGGUGUUCUGGGAAGCAGCUUUCCCACGCCUUGGGGGAGCCCUCUGACCACCCCUAACCCGCAAAGCCAGCACGGCUCCUUCAGUGUGAGGUGUUUAUUAACUACUUGAUGGAAAGGUCAGGGUGACUCCAGCUAGGAUGGAAGACGCUGCCAGUGCUGAAGAUCCCCGGAGUGAGGGGCAGCCUCUGUGACUGUGGUAUCAGUCGGCAGGAAAGUGGGGUGCAGAGUGGUGUGAAGCUGAAAUCACCCAAGCUCUCCUUUUAGAGAUAAGGAGACUGGAUCCCGGUGAGAUUAAAUGGACUCUGAAGGCAGAGAGCUGGGCCUGAGUUCAAGGCUCCUGUCCCAGCCUAGGGCUUCCCACGACACCAGUGGGCAGCUUUUUUCUGGAAGCCUGGUUCCUUCACCAGGAUCUGCAAGGCCCAGGCAUGCACCACCACCCCCAGGCUCUUGCUGCUCAGGUUCGGGGAGUGGGGACUUCCGAUGGACAUGGGGGGUCCAAGAACAACACUAGACAGCGGCGGGCAGCUGACCUUCUCUGCCCUCAUAGGCCAGAUGGGGCCUGGGUCCCUCACAGCUGGAGGCCCAGGAGCUACACAAGGCUGAGGCUCCUGCUUUGGGCCCCUCUCAGGAACAAGAAGCUCAGUUUUCCACCUGUCAUCCUGGCCAUCAGCUAGAACUCUGUGCUGCGGUGGCCUCCAGCCGUUGGCCAAACACCGAGUCUGUCAUGAGCUGAAUUGUGUCUCCUGCAAAGAUAUGCUGAAGUCCUAAUCCCUGGUGCCUCUGACUUUAUUUGGAAAUAGAGUCUCUGCAGAUGUCCUCAGGUUAAGAGGAGGUGAUACUGCAUAGGAGGGGAGCUCACCCAGCCCUGGCAUCCUUGUAAGAAGAGGAGACGCAGCACAGAAGCCACCCAGGGAGACCGCCACCUGACCAUGGGGGAUGUGACCACAAGCCCAGGAACUCCGGGGAACAUCAUAACACCAGGAGCUCAGAGGAGGCCUGGAGCAGAUCCUCCCUGGGGGCCUUCAGAGAGAGCACGGCCUCCGGACUGUGAGAGGGUAGCUUUCUGUGGCUGCCAGUCACAGCAGCCCCCAGGAGCUAAUGCAUCCCUUUUGGAGUUGGCUUCCAGGUCUCUGACUCUCUCCAUCUCUGCUCCCUGACUAGCCUGCCAACUGGUCCCCAUGCUCCCCCACCCACUCCCCACCCUCACUCAAACCUAUCCCCCUCACCCCUGCCAGAGUGGUCUUCCCGGAGCACACCUCAGAUCUUUCUCCCUCUGCUCAGCAAUCCUCAGGUGCCUAGCACUGCGGCCCGGCAUGUGUGGCUGAGCAUGGCCACCUGCUCUCGGCAUAGGGCGUCCCCAGCCCCUGGGCUCUCUGCAAGUGUUUGUGUAGGAUGUCCCCUUAGCCAUACUGGGGAAUGCCGUGCUCAUCCAUGUGAGCACUGGCCAUCUUGGAUGCAUAUUAAUAGUUUCAUAAAAAUAAAUCAGUGGCAUUGAA